AUGGUAUUACGGAAAGUAACCAACGUUGUUACAAAAAAAUCGUUAUUUGUAUUACUUAUAACUGGUAAUAACCGGAAGUUCGUAAAAGGUUUAAAAAUUGCCGGGCUUAUAAUUGUUGCAAAUAAAAGGGAUAAGCACGGUUUAAGGCUAUUCCGGUUAAUAUGCUUUAAAAAAAAAGGAUUUAAAAUGCAAAGUCCCGUAAAGGCCUUUGCCCUUUUAUAUACACUAUAUACUGUUUACUUUGUAACAUUACUUAACGCGCCUAAAAAAGUAACGCUAUUGCGAUUUAAAAGAAAGCGGGAAACGCAAAAUUACAACUUAUUUUGCUUAAUAAGCUUAACGCAUCGCAGCUACGGCAGCUUUAUAAAAUCGACGGCAAUUACGCUCGUUAAUAGCGGUCUUCGCCAUUAUGCUUUGGCCGCAAUACCGGCACCUCGCCGGCACGUUACCGGGAAAGUCCGUGCCCAGCCAACUGUGCCAGUGCCCCUUUUUUCCUUUUUGCCGGGCGGUUUCGCCCGUGCUUUUAACAACCGGUUAAUAUUAUUACGCUUUUUUGCAUUAAAUGCCGGUUUUUUAAUUAAUAAACUAGCCCGGGCUAAAUCGCUUUUUAUUACCUUUUUAAAUUUACAAACGUUAUUACAAAUAGCAAUUUCCAAUAGCAAAGCGGUAUUAAUAUUGCGUUUAAAUACGUACCAAUACGUAUCGCUAAACGUUUUAAAAUUAGGAUUUAAUAAAAAAAAAUCCCGGUUUUUAAUCGUAUUCGUUUCGACAUUUCCUAAACUAGUUUAA